UAUGAUCAUGUUUAUGAUAAAUCAAAGCUUUGGAGUUAAUCUAGGUUUUUAUCGCGUUUUACUCAGACUUAAAAUAUUGAAAGUUUAUAAUGGUGUUUGUAAACACUCUUUGUAUUAAUUAUUUAAUUUAUUCUAUUAAAAAAGUUAAUAAAGUUUAGCAUUCGAAGAAUCUACCAAACUCUAGGACGUUCCUUUGUGAUUGCGCAUGCGCAAAGAAGUAAACUUCCAUGGGGAUGCAAUGAGGAUCCAUCUGCGCAGCUGCAGGUCACUGGGCCGGGUGCGAGCACACUUUAUCAUCGGCCCAUUACUAUUGCUGCUUCUGGCCGGAGUGGCUCUGACCUUUCUACUGCCUAACAAUGAAGACAACCGCAUCCUCCGAGACCUCCGGCAAAGUUCCAACACCUCAUUUACCCUACCAGACCCAAAGGACAGUUUCACUAUUGUCAUGCAGACGUACAACCGUACCGACGUUCUCCUCAAGAUCCUCAACCAUUAUCAGGCCAUGCCUCACCUGCAGUGCAUCAUCAUAGUGUGGAACAACCCCGGACAGCCGCCACCCAAAGAACUGUGGGAUUCACUUGGUCCACACCCAGUGCCAGUCAUCUUUAAAGAACAGAGCGUGAACAGAAUGCGCAAUCGACUGCAACCACACCCUGAGAUCAAGACUGAUGCUGUUUUGAUGCUUGAUGACGACACGCUGGUCAGUGUUCCUGAUAUCAGCUUUGCAUUUUCUGUCUGGAAGCAAUUUCCGGAUCAGAUUGUGGGUUUUGUUCCUCGGAAGCAUGUGACCACAACAUCAGGAGUGUAUAGCUAUGGUAGUUUUGAGCUUCAGGAUCCUGACAAAGGUGGUGGUGACUGGUACUCUAUGAUCCUUGUGGGUGCCGCUUUUUUCCACCAGCGUUUCCUGCAGCUGUUUCAAGACCAGCCCAGCGAGGUGCACCAUCUGGUGGAUGAAACGCAGAACUGUGACGACAUCGCCAUGAACUUUGUUGUGGCACGCCGACUUGCACGGAUGUCGGGCCAUAACCGUCCUUCAGGCGUUUUCGUGAAGCCUGUAGACAUGCGUAAUCUGGAGAAGGAGGCCAGCAGUGGAUACGUUGGCAUGUGGCACAGGGCAGAGCACAUGCUCCAGCGUUCCUAUUGUCUGAAUAAGCUGGCACAGAUCUACAGAGGCAUGCCGCUCCGCUACUCCAAUAUGAUGAUCUCCCAGUAUGGCUUCCCCAGCUAUGCUAAUCACAAGAGUAGAAUCUAAUGGGAACAGAUCGGAAGCAUCUUAAAUGUAUGAAUUAGGUGAUCUUCUGGUGUGAGAUAGAGCAGCUGGUUCCUAACUUCAUUUAAAUUUACAAUAAAAUGUGUUUACAUAUAUUAUAAUGACAUGAUAGCAUGCAGGGCAGAAACUAUUAAGAAAUCAAAGAGAAAUUUGUCUUUUUGGUUGGUGGGCAUGUAGGUUUGCUGUCCUGUUUUUCUUUUUCUGAAACACACAGUUUAUGUGAUAGUGCUUCUGUUAGUGAGCUGAUGAAUUAAAUCAGGAAAAGAAAUGUGUAGUGCUGGGUUGCUUUUACAGGUCCACGAGCAAGAAACAUGGCUGUACAUAAUAUACUGUAGGUUAUUUAAUAGUGUUUUAGUCUUUUAAAGUUUUUUUUCUUCUGCAGGUGCAAGCAAACUGAUUUUGUGAAUCUGUACAUUGCAAAAGUGUUUUUCGUACAGGACUGUAACUCAACAAUGAACACACAACUCUUUUGAUUAAUAAUGUUUCAUGUUUUUGACCUCAGUGUACUAUACAAGGAAAUAUAGGGCAGUUGUGGAAACACACUAAAUUAUACAUUUGAAAUCAAAAUAUGGCAUAAAAAAAACAUUCUGAGCUUUACUAUGCUAUAAACAUUUAAUUUAAAAUUAUAUUGACAGUUUACUAUUGACAGAGGCAAUGUUUUAAUGUCACUAGACACACAUUUAAUCAGUUUUAAUCGAGUGUUUAAAUCCAAUUAUUAUACAGUAAACAAACAAAUCUCACCCCCAUUGACAGUAAAUGGGGGGUGAGAUGUUUUGUUACUGAUAUUCUUCCAAAUUUCUUCCUUUGUGUUCAGCAGAACAAAGAAAUGUAUACAGGUUUGGAACGACUUGAGGGUGAACGACUUUUUGGGUGGACUAUCCUUUUAAGGAGCUCCUCCUCUUGUCACCUGUCAAGCUACAAUUUGUUCCUUUUUAAAUAAACUCUGAAAAUAAUGUUCAGUUUUACAUUGUUCAAACGUUCAAAAGUUGUUUUACUGUGAUUUUAACACUCUUGUAAUAGUUAUUAUUGUUUGUUGUUCAUGUCACUGUUUUUGCAUAAGCAUUAAUACAAUUAAAUAAUUUUAAAUUAAA